ACUUCCUGUUGUGGGCAGUCGUUUCCUGUCACAGCUAGGUAACAAUGGGGAAGAUAAUGGCUGCUUGAGCUACGUCUCCGAUCGGGCGCUGGGAGGCUAGAGGCGGGUCUCCCUCAGGCCAUCGGAGGCGGGCUUGAGAGCGGGCGGCGACGACGCGGCGACGCUCCUGAGACUGGCAGUGGCAGCGGCGGCGGCGACCGCGACGGAGCUCAGCGAGUCGGCUCCUGGCCGGACCACCGCAGCGGAGUGAAGAAAACUGAAAAUCCAGCUUAUUGGAUUUCAGUACUAUGUCAUAACAGACAGAUUCAAGAAGCCAUAUGAUAUACAUACUCUAGUUGGAAUUAAUUCUGUCACUAUUAUCAACAUUGUAAGAUAACCUCAUAAUUGCUUACACUAAGCAGGACACUUCAAAAGACUUGUAGUCGGAAUUGUGAACUGCAAGUCAGUACUCUUCCUGCGAAGAGGUUAGACAUAAGGGACAUUCCUGAAUCUGUUCUGGAUUUUUCAUCUGCCCUCUACAAGAGAUAAUUCUCCACUUGUUCAUCAAGAUGGAAAACUCAGAUUCUAACGAUAAAGGAAAUGACCAAUCUGCAGCACAGCGCAGAAGUCAGAUGGAUCGAUUGGAUCGGGAAGAAGCUUUCUAUCAAUUUGUAAAUAACCUGAGCGAAGAAGACUAUAGACUUAUGAGAGACAACAAUUUGCUGGGCACCCCAGGCGAAAGCACUGAGGAGGAGUUGCUCAGAAGACUACAGCAAAUCAAAGAGGGUCCACCGCCGCAACAAAGCUCAGAUGAAAAUAGAGGUGGAGACUCUUCAGAUGACAUGUCCAAUGGUGACUCUAUAAUAGAUUGGCUUAACUCUGUCAGACAGACUGGCAAUACAACAAGAAGUGGUCAGAGAGGAAAUCAGUCCUGGAGGGCAGUGAGCCGGACUAAUCCAAAUAGUGGUGAUUUCAGAUUCAGUUUAGAGAUAAAUGUUAACCGUAAUGGAAGCCAAACCUCAGAGAAUGAAAAUGAACCAUCUGCUAGACGUCUUAGUGUAGAAAACAUGGACAGCAGCAGCCAAAGACAAAUGGAAAAUUCAGCAUCUGAGACAUCAUCUGCCAGAUCAUCUAGGUCAGAACGCAGUUCUGCUGAAGCAUUAACAGAAGUGCCAUCCACCAGAGGUCAGAGGAGGGCAAGAAGCCGAAGCCCAGAACACCGGAGAACCAGAGCCAGAGCUGAAAGAAGUAGGUCUCCUCUGCACCCAGCAAAUGACAUUCCACGAAGAAGUCAUCAUAACAUCUCAUCUCAGACUUUUGAGCACCCUUUAGUAAACGAGCUUGAAGGAAGUUCUAGAACCCGUCACCAUGUGACUUUGAGACAGCAGAUAAGUGGGCCCGAGUUGCUAGGUAGAGGUCUUUUUGCAGCUUCUGGGUCGAGAAAUUCUGCCGCUCAAGGGGCAAGUUCUUCAGACACGGGUAACAAUGGUGAAGGUGCAGGAUCUGGUCAAAGACCUCCAACCAUCGUUCUUGAUCUUCAAGUCAGAAGAGUUCGUCCAGGAGAAUACCGGCAGAGAGAUAGCAUAGCUAGCAGAACUCGGUCAAGGUCUCAGACCCCAAACAACACCGUCACUUACGAAAGUGAACGUGGGGGUUUUAGGCGCACCUUCUCACGUUCUGAACGUGCAGGCGUGAGAACCUAUGUGAGUACUAUCAGGAUUCCAAUUCGUAGAAUCUUAAAUACUGGAUUGAGUGAAACUACAUCUGUUGCAAUUCAAACCAUGUUAAGGCAGAUAAUGACAGGUUUUGGUGAGCUGAGUUACUUUAUGUAUAGUGACAGUGACUCAGAGCCUGGUAUCUCAGUCCCCACUCGAAAUACGGAGAGAAUAGAGACCCGGAGUGGAAGAGGGAGCUCUGGUGGUAACAGCUCUGGUUCCGGCUCCAGUUCCAAUGGUGAAAGUUCAGAAAGUAGCUCAGAGAUGUUUGAAGGCAGUAAUGAAGGAACCCGAAUUCUCGCACCAGGUGCCAGGAGAGAGGGCCGACAUAGGGCCCCAGUUAUAUUUGAUGAGAGUGGCACUUUGCCAUUCCUUAGUCUGGCUCAGUUUUUCCUCUUAAAUGAGGAUGAUGACGACCAACCUAGAGGACUGACCAAAGAACAGAUUGAUAACUUGGCAAUGAGAAGUUUUGGUGAAAAUGAUGCAUUGAAGACAUGUAGUGUUUGCAUUACAGAAUAUACGGAAGGCAACAAACUUCGUAAGCUACCUUGCUCCCAUGAGUACCACGUCCACUGCAUCGACCGCUGGUUAUCGGAGAAUUCCACCUGUCCCAUUUGUCGCAGGGCCGUCUUAUCUUCUGGGAACAGAGAAAGUGUUGUGUAGUGAGAACAGAACUCUCGAAGCUGUGUAGCUGGAAUAGUGAUGGGCAAACGGAAAGUCACCUGCUUUAUGUCCACUUUUUAAGUGGUGCUUAAAUAUAAAGUCAACCUGAAUUGAGUCAUUGCUUUCUGAGGGAGUCAUGUCUUUUCUCUAGUUUCUCUUUCAGGAUAGAAAGAAUAUUUCAGAAGCGACAUUUUAGGACUUCAGUGUUUGAUUUCAGUACCAGAUAAUUGCUAACCUGUUACUGAUAAUUUACCCAUGUACACUUGCCAUUUUCCCUUUGUUACCGUAAGGUCUGCCUUAGCAAGGGCUCCUUUAUCAUCUUGACCUCUUUUUAGGUUUCUCAGGCCAUAAGAGGGUCAUGAAGAAAAUUCCCACUCAAGACUAAGUUCCAUUAUAUGUUUUGUAAGUGAUUAAUUAAAACUAUACCAUUCCCAGUUGUUGACACAAAGUCAGUCACAUUCUGAAUAUUGUUUGUUCACCUUCCAGAUUAGGUGAUGAUGGACAUAUCAGUGUAAAUAACACUAAACAGUUAGGAUCUUCUACGUGUAUUAACUGUCCUAAGCCCAUCACUGUGGCACACAAUAGAAUGAACUUAGAGUUUAAUUGAGAUAUUUAUCUUGUGGAAAUAUUAAAAAGCCUAUGCUUGUGUAAGUGAAAAAAAUCACAUUCAUUUGUUUAAAAAUGUAAAGCUAUUUUGUAGAGGCUCAGUACUUUUCCAAUGCACUGUUGUAUUAAUGCAUUCAAAAUUGUAAAGUACCAUGCUUAGAAAUGAGAACUGCUUUUUGUGAGCCAGCAUAGUAAAACAAACACACCAAACAAAGUACGAAGCUGCUUUUGUAAGUGUGUAGAUGUCAAGAGCAGAACAUAUCUCUAUUUAAUGUAUUUGAGAACAGCUACUGUGACAUGGAAAGGAAAGGACCAUGUAGAAUCACACUGCACUAAAACCCAAUGGAAACCAUGAAUUUUAACUUGGAUUUAGGCAGGAAGUGAUAGAGGGUAAGAACACUGCUCUGGAGAAUGGAAUGUUUUCAUGAUGACAGUGAUAUAGACAUGAACUGGUUUCCUACAGUGACAGCCACAGCAGCUCGACCCAGUAUUCGACUUGAAUAAAAGAAGCAGAAGAUCAACAAAUUUGGCAGAGCUGUCUUUGGUUUAAAAAAAAAAAAAAACCACUACCACCUAGCAUAAGUUAAAUUGAUGUUUUUACAAUCUGCUGCUAAGAAACAAAAGGUGGAGGAAAGAGACUUCUAAACCAAUUUUAAGGUAGGGAUUUCAGUUGGUACAGAUGGGUGUGCUUUUGGAAAAGUCUCGGAUUUGCUUGUUUUCGAGAUUUCAUGUAAGGUACUAGUGCACACUUGUCUAUAUUUCAUUGCUGUGUCUAGCAGAUCUAACAUGCCACAUUUAAAAGACAUUCAUAAAUUAAGAGAUUAUCUUUUAUUGAAAGUGAGGCAUGUUGGGUUAUUUGAAAUUCAAAUUCUAGUUGUGUUGCCCAUAUGUGAAGAUGAGAUGUCCAGCUCACAUCUGUGGACAUGCACUUUAUUGUUCUUUUUUAGUGAUAAGACUAGAUUGUGAUAACCCCAGUACUCUUGCCUGGUUUUUCUUUUGAGACUGAUUGGGGUUAAGAUUAGCUUAGCUAGUUCCCUGGAGAAAGCUGCCAGGCCAGAAGAGAAGCUGGAUUGAACAGGCACAUCCCUGGCCUUUCACCAAAUGAGCUAACUACCCAGAUUACUCCGGGAUUCUAGAAACUAUUUUACCCAAAUCUGCUUACCCUCACUGGUACCACCUUAGCAGUACAGAUUAUUUCAAAGUUCAUUCUUUCAUGUUUUCCUCUGGCUUUCAGUCCUACCUAAGUGUCAAGGAAAUGAAAUUGUAAAUAUGGUAGUUGUUUACAAAGGAUAUGUACUGCUCUUGCAAGGAAAUAAUGUCCAAACAAAGCUUCACUUAUUUUUUUUAAUAUAAGCAGAUUUCACUGUUUAUGGCGCUUAUGUAAUACAUUUUUAUCUUUUUAAAAGAAUUGUCCAUGUAAAAGUCAGGAUUCCUUUAUAUUUGUGAGCCUCCUUGUCACCUUUCUAUGGUUUUCAGAUCUGCAGGAUAGUCCUGAUUAACUAAAAACAAAUCCUUUUUCCUCUUGAUAAAAAUGUUCCAUUUUAGUGGUGUUCAUUUUCUAUAUCUCAAAAACAGCUGCAGCACAUUCUAAACAUGAAGUUACUGUCAACAGGCACCUCCCUUAACUCCCCAAUCAUAUUACUCUUUUGCGAAGUACUGAAGUCAGAGGUAACUUAAGCAGGAUGCUAGUUAUGAAUGCAGAUGUUGAAGCUCUUCAGAGACACUGGAAAUCUUCCCAUUUCUAGACUUCAGUAGAAUGCACAUGUUUAACGUGCAUGUGGACCCUUUCUAAUAGGAUUCCUAUCUCUUGGGUUCUGUAGAAUGAAUACAAGUAUUUUUAGUGGGAGUUGCUUUUUCAUUUUACCAAGUCCAUGACUAUUAUAUAUUACUAGUGUUGCAGACGUUAAGGAUAAGGUUGUUCGUAUAGGUGUCAGGUGUAAAGAGUGAAAGUCUUUUUACUCACCAGUGUCCAAACACCUAUUACAAAAGACUUUACAUUUCAUUUUGUAUCUUUGCACUUUUUCUUUAUUACAGAAAGUUUCUGUCUUUAAGGCCUACUUUGAACUUCAUGCAGUAAUAAUGUUGGAGAUUCCAUUGUUCAAAGCAUAGGGGAAAGUGCUAAAGCCUGAUUUUCCUUAAAGAUUUCAAAUGUUUUUUUAAUCCACUUACUAGUCUGAAGGUUUGCAGUGUUUUGUUUUUUAUUCCAUGCAGCUUACAAUGUUAAGAUUUAUUAGUGCUGAAAACCAAGUUGAACAAGUUAAAAAAAAAAAAAGGCAGGCUAUUUGCAGUAACACUGAAGAGAGCUGUGUUGGGAAAUUGGAACAUUUUAUCUGAAAAGAAUAUGUUAGUUGCACCACUAUGUUAAUGGAGGUGGCAUUGGGGAGAGGGAGGAGGCUCACAUACUAGUGUUAAAACAGGUGAUUGUCCAUUUAAUAAGGAAAUGUGCCAGGAGAUACUCAGUCUUUAGGGACAUGAUUAUCAGAAUCCAUGCAAGAUAGGGAUAAGGCUUAGUUAGCUCUGUUACCUUAAGCAAUUUUUUUUCUCCUGGAAAAACUUUAUUUCUGUGCCCAGUAUUCUCUGCUUUUGUCAAUGUCUUAUAUCUAUGAAGGGUUAACAUUUAGCACAUUUUGUAUUUAACCACCUGCUUCUAUGACUUUAAGUCGGUUCUCCAAAUACUCGUGAAAAAGGGUUCAAUGUUGCAAAUGACUAUUAAAGGCCAUUUCUGUUUGCUAGAAUGCAGUAGCACCUUGUAGUUGACCUUGUUUUUUAAACAGAUGGAGGAGACUUUUUUUAAUUCUUUUGUGAAAGGAAAUCAUUUGUAAUCUGCCUUAGUUGACGUUUUAAAAAAUGUUUUUUCUUACCGGCUUCCCUGUCACACUCUUACCAAUAGUGUGCAGAACCUGGGAGCCACGCUUGCAGAGCACUUAGGGUCUUAAGACAGUUCUGAUUGUUGUUCUCCAAAGUAUUCUCUCUGUACCUUUGUAACAGGCGGAGAGCGCACAUGUGAGGGUGUCUGCUUUUCCCCUUCAGUACAGUUCAGUAUGUUUAUGCUCAGUAACAGUGUUGUAAUUGAGUUACCUACUAAAUGAUUCUUUUCAGAAAACUUUUUCAAUGUACAUUGCUGUAUCAUGCUUCACUUGGCAAGGUCUAAGGAAGGAGUAUUUCUAAGUCACAGUGUAAGCAAAUAAAAACAGCUGUGACCUCAAUAUCUGCCCUUUACUUUUUUUUUUUUUUUUCAUUCUGAAUUACCGUGUUUUGAUGUAGGGUAUUGUGCUGUGCACUCUUAGCUGGUCUGGAACACUGGACCAGACUGGCCUCAAAUUUAUGGCAGUCCUUGUGCCUCUGCCUCUUGGAUGUUGGGAAUACAGGUACUUGUUACCAAACCUAGCUCAGCACUUUGAAAUAAGGAUUCCUUUCCCUUCGCUGGAAAGUUUUUAAAUACUCUCCAACACUCCAGGAAGUGAGUGGCCUCUCUAAGUCACCAUACCUUAGAUCUGAAAGCCUACAGCAUAGAAUAGAAUUGCUACUGGGAUUUUUUUUUCUAAGUAUCAGUUUUAUGAUUGUUUUUAUGUCCAUGUAGAUGUCUGGAUUCAAAUCUCAGAGCUAUGGUAAGAUACUUGGGACUUUUUUGUUUUGGUAUUUUGAGAGGGUCUUGUUUUGUAGCCCAGGCUGGCCUGGAAUUGGUGAUCCUCCUGAUUGCUGGGAUUACAGGUGUGUCACCCCACCCAGAAGGGAUUUGUGUGCUAAAGUCCCACAGCUGCUCUGUGUCAUUUGGAUGAGCUGCUGUCUAGAGACGCGCAGUGAAAGUGAGCCUGCCAUGCCACUGUGCCUUGUUUCUCAUCUUGAUUGUUUCCAGUUCCAAUGUGUAGUCAGGCCAGCUGCCCAGCCUUAACUCUGUUUAGUGCUCUGUUACUAACAUUUUUAACAGAUUGGUUUUUAUAUGUUGAAACUGUCCAGCGUUUGCAUUUUACCUCUUGAUGGCUCCAUUUGUUCUUGGUGCUGCUUUUAAAGGUAUAGGGCCCUGUGAGUGUCCCAGUGGGAGUAGGUAUGCAGUUGGUCUGGUUUGGGACCUAUGUCUGUCUUCUGCCAGGAAAAGCUGCUUUGGUACAGAUGUUUACUUGAGUGCCUGUAAGGAACUGGGCAGCAAUCCUGGAAAGCUCUGAAGCCCAUAAGAACCUGAAAGGUUUUGAAAAGGGCAGACCUUAAAUCUUUGAACAUGAAGCACAUGUGUGCAUGCUGUGUGAAGACUAAAGUGAUGGCCAUAGCAGGGCUUCCUGACCCGGGAUCCAUUUUCAGAAAGCAUCAGAGGAGCACAAAGGGAAGUGAAUUUACUUGGCUUGCUUUGUCUGGUUUUUCAUUUUCUUACCAUUUAAAUCUGAAUGAAACACCCUUCUCCGGUAUCUGAUCCAACAAACUCCUGGUUGGGAAGCCCUGUAUUAAUUUUUGAGAAUGUAACCUUUUUUGUACAGUGCUUUACACCUGCUAAAAUUUAACUUGUUUAAUGCAGAACAAGACCUUGAAAGGUCAUUCAUUAAAUCUGGUUUGAUUAUUAAUAGCUAUCUUUUAGGAAGAAGCUUUUUCCCUAUGUACAAUGUCAUACUGCAGACUUAAAAUAUAGACUAUCAAUAAAAUGCAUGAAGUGAU